ACAGGGAGGCUCUUCUGCAACAGAGGAAAAGAAGAAGCCAUAUUAACAAAGGAAGUGCUGGUCACCCAGGGAGGUGGGAAGGACUCCAACCUCCUGCAGUCCUCUGAAGGGGCCUGGCUCUGACUCUCCACAGGCCUCCACUCCUGUCUGAACAGCUCUGCUGUCUCAUCCCCUGGAGGACGGCAGACCAUGGGUUGCAUCCUGCUUCUGCUACUGCUGCUGCAGCUGCCAAUAGCAUCCCUGAAAGCUGGUUACUCAGCAGCAUGCAGCAAAGGCUACCACUAUGAGGUCACCCAACCAGAACACCUCAAGGCCCCCAAGGGUGGCUCCAUUACAAUCUCCUUCUCCUUCUGUUACUCCUGGGUGUUAGCCAAGAAUCCCGAUGUGAGAAUAUCCUGGAGACGGAAGGAGUUCCAUGGGCCAUUUUUCUACAACCACACCUCAUCUUUUACCCAUGAGGAUUACAAAAACCGGCUGUCUCUGGACUGGAAAAAGGGUCAGAAGUUCGGCUCCCUCAUCAUCCAGAACCUGCGGGAGGAGGAUGAGUCUACGUACUUCUGCCGAAUCCAGCUAAAUACGGAGGAAGGCAUAAAGCAGUGGCAGUCCAUCAAGGGGACCACAGUUACCAUCACCCACAUUGCCAAGACCACCAUGCAAAUUCCCAUCAGCAAAACCUCCAAAACCACGACUGGCAUCGAGGUCACAGAGAGCAAAAGGAGAUCAGGGUCUCAGCCCCUGAGUCUGGGAGCUGCAGUAGGAGUGGCACUGGCCAUUGCUGUGUUUGUAACUGCAAUUUUGGCACUGAUGGUCUUCCUCAGGUGGAAGAGAAGAGAUCAGCCUACCAAAGCCCAAAGCCCAGCCAGUGAACUCUUCUCAAACACUGAGGAGCAAUAUGAGAAUGUUGAGUAUAGAGGACACAACAUACACUUGAAAAUGAAACCUGAGAUAAGCAGCUCAAACUUGGUCCUGAAGGAGGAAGACAACAUUGUCUAUGCCUCCCUUUCCCUCUCCAACUUGACCUUGCCAGGAGCAGCUCCUAGCCACACUCUUCAAGGGGGCUCCCCAGAAAAGAGCCUAUAUUCUGUUCUGAAGACCUAAAGAGUGGGGUUGAAAUGAUGAUCUUGGAUUCAACUAUGCUUAGGGCUGGAGUUGUGGCUCAGCGGUAGAGCACUUGCCUAGCACAUGCAAGGACCUGAGUUCGAUCCUCAGCA